AUGUUUUAGGAUAGAUAUCAAUACCUUUUAGUCUCGCCUAAUGAAAUCGCUAAUUUAUCUAUAGAUUGUAAAUAUUAAUGCUAUUAUUAAGCCAAUUACAUUAAAAAAGGGAGUCUUCGAAGAAUCUUUAAGAAUGUUUAAUUUGACACUUUCGAGAAUCAACAAUUAAAAGAAUUUAAGGAAUAUCUCGAUUCCAUUCCAGUUGAAUAUUUAAAAGAGUAUGAUUCAUCUUAUAAUAUUUGAGAGUUCAAAAUGAUUCUGUAUUAUUGCGAUUCUUGUAUGCUCAUAAAUUUGUUAAAGAAGACACUGUAAACUAUUUUGUGGAUCAUUUAAAUUGGUUAAACAAUCCUGAAACUAUGAAUCUGGAAGAUAUUCCAUAAUAUUCUAAAUUAGUUUAAAUUAUUGGAAGAGAUGAAAUGCUAAGACCUGUGCUACACAUAUCUUUGAGUCUACCUCUUGAUGACUUAUUUAUCAAAGCAAUAACAAAUAAACUUAUUAUUAUGGAAGACUAUAUGUUUGUGCCUGGUAAAGUAGAAAGUUGGAUUAUGAUUGUUGAUAUAAGUUAAACUAAUCCAAAUAUUAAACCUGAAAAAAUUUAAUAGGCAAUCAAACAUUUUGUUACUAAUUUUCCAAUGUCUUUAGAGUAAAUCUAUUUUUUAGAAGUGAAUUUAAUAUUAAAAUAAAUUGGAGAUAAUAUUUUAAAGUUGGAUGAAAUAAAAAAAUUAAAUUUUGAAGAUAAAAUUACAAUUACAAGUAAAGUCAAAUAUGAGAAAGAGAAAAUUCAAUUUCUAUCUCCAGAAUAUGUUCAUUUAUUUGAAAAUGAUACUUAACUAAAUCAUAGCUUAUAAUAAAACCAAUAGAAUCCAUUUUCUAUAUUAUAAUAAUAACCAUCAUAAUCUUCUUUACCAUUUGCAUAAUCUCCUAAUCAAAUAAUACGUAAUUAACCAAACUAAUCUAAUCAAAUGGCAUAAUAACCAUCACAAUUAAUUCUUAAUUAACCGUAACCUACUUUAUAUGGUCAUCCAUCUAAAUUAUCAAAUGAUGGUGAAUUAAUUGGCCCCUUAUAUCCAAUGAUUGUCUAUGCUUCUGCUUAACCAUAACCUUAUGUACCAGAAUAUCAUCACAAAGAAUUCUAAAUUCAACCUGCAACUUAAGUAGAUCCUCAUCAUAUGAUGAAUAAUAAUUAUUAUAACUAUUAAAAUAAUAUUCCAAAUCAAUAGAAUUUUGUUAAGACUUAGUAUGGCCAAUAAUAAUAAUAAUAUAAAGGCAUUUCAAAUCCUGAUUAUUUUGUGUAAAUUAUUAUUAUAAUAUAAAAUUAGUCGAACUAAGUAUGAUGACAUAAUAGAUUAAUAUAAUUGGAACAAAUAUGGUAUUACUCCAUAAUUACCAUCAGUAGAACCUGAAAAAAUUAUUAAUGAUGUCACAAUGCAUAUCUCUUCACCCCUUCAAUAAUAUACACCUUUAACACCUACUUUACAAGGAAUUCAAUAAACUGUUAAGAAAAAUGACCUCAAUUUAAAUCAUGACAUUUAUUCAACCUAUAAUAAUCAUAAUAAUCAUUUUGAAGAUCCCUUAAUUAUUAACAAAGAUCAUUUCCCAUAAAUAUCAGAACAUCCUAGCUUAACACAUUAUGAUCAUCCUCCUGACCAUUUUAAUAAAUAUACAAAUAUUGAUCUACCUAUUGAUCCUAUACCUCCAUUUCAUUAAUCAAUUAAAAAAUAUGAUAUUGAUCCAUAACCUUAUUAACCCUAUUAAACUUAUCAACCAAAAUAAAAUAUAGACUCAUAUCCUCCUAUUCAUCAUUAAAUUGAAAAGAAAUAUGAUUUUGGACCUAUUCCAAAUAGACCAUCAGAACAUUCCUUUCCAAACUCUUAAAUUAUUUAUGAUAAACCUUUCAUACCUGAUCGUAGUUCAAUUGAUACUCCUAUCACAACUAUGAAUUAUACUCAACCAAAAUAUUAAAGUUAUGUACCUUAGCCAUUAAGUAAUAAUCCUAUAAAUACCUUACCAUCCAAUCUUCAAACAAUACCUUUGUCAUCAAUACCCUAAAAUUCAGGAUACUCCCCAUACUAUCCAUAAUAGCCUUUUAGUCCAAUACCUAGUAGUACUAAUCUAUAUACUGCUCCAAAUUAUCCUAUUCCUAUCACUAAACCAUAAUAAUCAAGCUUAGAAUAGCCAAAAAUAGUAGAGUAAGAUGGAAUCAAAUUCUAAGAUGAAACCAUGGUAGUUGGUGAUAAUGAUCAUAGAUAAACAAAGAAUUCUAAUAGAGAUCCUGCUUUAGAUCAACAAUAAUGUGCAAUUUAUUGA